GGUAUUAUCAAAAGGUGCGCUACUUUUCUAACGUGGUUUACCAGGUAUGUCUGUGGACGUACCAUUCUAACUAGGUGGCGACGCUGCACUUAAACCACUAAAUCCAAAACGUGUUUGUAAAUCUAUUGAUUUUCGUCUGAUAUUUUUGUUCUAGCUACAAGCAUCUCUUUUCCUAACACGUUUUCAAGGCUACAGGUAACUUUAUUGAGGCUUGCAGUGACAGUGAAUGCUGCGUUCCUCCUUGUGCUACGUACGUUUAGUAACAACACCUAAACGAUUCCUAAAACAUAAACGCCCUGGAGAUAAGAUGAUUCCACCACCACACUCCAUAUCAUUAACCGUUGUUGGCAAUGGACGUGCUGGUUCCUCGAAAUCGAUGCUCAUUGACACAGGGGUAUGUCGUUAUUUGGUCAACUGUGGUGAGUCAACGCAAAGAGUCUUGGCAGAAUAUCGGUAAUGAUGCUCUUAGUUUACUUAAUAUUAGAAUGAAAACUUCGCGCAUACAACAUGUCUUUCUUACGCGUAUGUCUUGGGAUUGCACUUCUGGAUUACUAGGUUAGUACAAAUGCUAGUUGUACGUAUUUUGAGGUGUGGCAUUGACUGCAAAGGCCGCAGGAGUUAAGAAGUUAACUAUACAUGGACCCGCAGAACUAGUGAGUUAUCCACCAUACAAGAUAUAUUGUAUUAGCAAAAUAUUCACUUUCAAUGUUAUUACGAAAUAUCUAUCAGGUAGCAGGUAUUGAAAAUUUAAGUGCGAAUAAAAGUAAUAUUAGGAUAUCUUUUACAAACAGCGGUCGUUUUCGUCGCUCAGAUAUCAUUCUGUACAGUGUUAAAUAUUUUAAGCUAAUUCUCUUCACUGUUAGUUGAUUCAUAUAUGAUAAUCAGCAAAGCUCUAUUUCAUAACUAGGGAACAUAACUAAUUGUUAGUGAUGGUAAAUGUUCUUGCUCUAUUAUUUCACGAAGGGGUUAACUGUUUUUGCUACUAACGUUCGACAUUGUCUAAUAUCCAUAUUCACCGAAGCAGUUACAUUCAUUUGCAACUAUUCCUUAUAAUGCUUUCUAAAAUUUUCCUGUUCUUGUCCUCACCUUAAUUUUGUAUACAAAUGGUGUAUCCACUUUAAAUUGUGUUUUUGAAGAUAUCUAUUUAGAAACUAAUUAGAUGUUUUAAUUUGGACAAUCAACUCUUAUUAGAAAAGUCGUUAGGCUAACUAACCUAAAUGAAUCUUCACUUUGCAUAGACGCAUAGAUAUGUCUGCUAAAGAAGCUAAUAUUAAUCCUGCCUGCAAAUGGUUCUAUCCUAUGUCUAAAAGUUGUUUUAGAAGCAAAGCCAUUUAAUCCUUUUACCGUUAUACAGUAGCAUGAAAAAUAAUCGAUCACAGAAUAUGGGGAAACGUUAAAAACUCAUUCUUGUUUCUAUUAAGUAAAAGGGACUAGAUUAUUGUAAUUGUGUAAAGGAAGAUUAUUCUCGUCAUUAUUAUUAUUCUGGAUAAAACGUUUUGCUCAAAUCAAAGGCAAUCUCAAAAGUAUUUUGGAGGUUGUCCUUGUAAACUUGAAGAAGCUAUCUGACAGUGUUAAUGCAAUCCGUCGGUUAUAAUUACUAGUAAGGUGGUCAUAUAUAUGUUAUGUUCUAUUAUAUUGCUUCGUUAAUAUUCCUAGAAGUUCGUAUUAUGCAAUAGAGACUAAGUAUUUUAAAUAUUUUACACUCAUCUAUCGGACCAUUAGUGCAAAGACCAACUCACUUCCGUUUUCAAAUGUCUGGGCAUUGUCUGAAACAGUUAUAACCCAAAGCCUGGCACAGAAGUCUGUUCUUAGUAAUUGAAAGGGAUUCCUUCUCUCUCAUUGUUUCUAUCGUGAUUCAAUACUAAGUUUUCUAUUUACUUCGUAAAGAGGGAUAGUUUAUCUGCUUACUCAAGCCAAACAUAACAAUCAGCUCUAGACCUUUGUGUUCGAUAGAUCACCUUCAGUAUUAUGAAUAAUAGUUAUGCAAACACCUAACAUUUGAUCCUAGAAUCCUAGGUCUUGAAAUAUAUCUAAAUUCGUACGUCUGUUAUAGUUCUGUGUCAAAAAUAUAUUAUUUGUGUUUGAUUUCUUGUCUACCAAGUUUUGAUCUUUAUUGCAUAUUUAAUGAUUAGUGAUUUCUUUUUAUAAUGAUGCUUAAGCAGUCCUUACAAAUUUACAAAUCUAAAUCGUUAUGAGGUCAUUUUAGAUGAUAACUUACAAGUUUCCAGGUCAAUUAGGAUCCCUUUACUUCAUGCACAUUAUUUGCAUUUAAACUUUUUUUAUGCCCUUAGGAACAUCUGGUGCAAUUGACUCGUCCGUUUACUGAUUGUAAAACAACCGAUAUCGUCAUGAGUGAGAUUCAUGAGAAGUAUUACACUGAUGAUGCAUUUCGCGUACAGUCUUUCCAAAUAUUCAAGCCAACAAACGUAAAUGAAGAACCAGUCUACAAACGACGAAAAGAAAAUCUGGGUAAUGUAUCAGAAUCUAGUGUUUUUAUAUACUACUUCCAGCCAUUUCGUACACGUCGUAAGUUGAUCAUGUCAAAGUUCAAUGAAGCAUGUAUACCAGCAUCUGUUCUAAAAUCCGGGGAAAUACAAGCUGUUAUAAAUGGAGAAAAUUUAAUUUUAAGUGAUGGACGUAUAAUAUCUCCGGAUGAAGUAACUGUGCCAUCACCACCAUCGAAAAAUAUGCUUUUCGUCGACUGUCCGAAUUCUGAUUACAUUCCUGCGUUUAUAUCCAAUGAACACUUUUUCAAUUCUAUUCAAGCCGAGGAGCCUAGUGGAAAUCUAACCUCUGGUGUAUCCUUAGUUGUUCAUUUUACACCACCAGGCAUGUUCUAUUCAAACCAGUAUCAGAAAUUUGUACAGAAGUUGGAAGAGUGUGCAUUGCAAAAAUCUGAUAAAAAGGAUCCAACUACAACACUGAAACAUUUGGUUCUUGAUGGCACUGGUUUUGUAACUGAUCGUGUUGGUAUGUAUUCUCAAACAUUCAUCCUAAAUCGGUUUUUCGACUCAAAGGUCUACCCACUGCUUUUCGAUAUGGCAGAUUCUGAUACUGUUUCUAAACGGAACGAAACAAUAUCAAAGAAUAUUGAUCCUUUCUCUUCCGUUGUAACUGCUGAACCUUAUUUGCAGUUUUCCUUGAGACCAUGGACAGGGUUUAACAAACCUACUUAUCCACAUUUAAAUGGUGAUGAAUUUGUGUCACAAAUUUUUGAUCCGGUUUAUAUGAGUUUACAAGAAGCAGAAGAACAAUUUGUUAAAAUGAGAGAAUCCAUUGAAUCCAACAAACCACCAGCUCAUAGAUUAGCAUCAGAGGCGUAUCCUGAAAUCACAUUUCUUGGCACUGCAUCUUCCUCUCCUAACAAAUAUCGUAAUAUCAGUUGUAUUCUUAUGCAAUUAGAUCCAGAUAACUACAUAAUGUUGGAUUGUGGAGAAGGUUCUUUAAGUCAACUAUACGCACUACAUGGUGUCGAAAAAGGAAAUAAUAUUUUGCGCAAACUUCGAUUAAUUCUUGUUACUCAUAUGCACGCUGAUCAUCAUGGUGGUGUCUUCACAGUAGCUCUAGUUCGUUCCAGUCUACUUAAAUCAGAUGGUAUUGACCGAUCCAAUUGUUUAUUACCUGUCCUUGCUCCAUCAGGAUUCUAUCAUUGGUUAGUUAAUUUCAAUGAACUUUUCCAUAAUGACCAAAUUGUUGACCCAUUCAUCAUACAAAUUCUUUACGAUGAACAUGAUAAGAAUUCAAAUCCUUCAUGCGCAUUAAACAUGAAACGAAACGAGACGGAAAAUUGGUUAAAAUUAUUAGAGCAGCUUGAUAUUAAUAUCCGACCGGUCAAGGUUCCACACACACGUUCAUCAUGGGCGUUUAUUAUUGAUAAACCUUAUCCAUUCAAAAAUUUAAUAAACGGUAAAAAUAUUGCCGGAAAUUGUUCUGAAACACAGCGAAAAUGGUCUAUUGUGUAUUCUGGUGAUACUCCUCCAUGUCCUGAACUUGUGAAAGCUGGAAAAAAUUGUGAUUUACUCAUACACGAAGCUACUGUAAAUGAUGAAUAUGUAGAUUUAGCACUCAAAGCAAAGCACAGCACAACGGGUCAAGCUAUUCAAGCUGGACGUGAUAUGAAUGCUUCAUUCAUUCUAUUGAAUCAUUUUAGUCAACGAUAUGGACGUGUACCACCAAUAGAUGAAUUUAAGCCAAAUGUGGCCGCAUCUUUUGAUUUUAUGACGGUGAAAUUUUGUGAUUUACCACGAUUACCCUACUAUAUUCCAUAUUAUCAGUAUGCAUUCGCUAAACAUUGGACCAUGGCUCGAACUAGAGCAGAUUCCUAUACAUAUCGUAAACUUCGUGAAGCUGAUGAAUUGUCUGAAAGUGGAGAUGUUUAUUGUGCAAAAACUGAUGAUGAUAUUGACGAUGAUAAUCGUUUAUUGAAUGAACAAAAUGUGAAAGAACAAAUUGGAGAAAAACGAACAUAACAGCAUAUUAUUUGAUUCCUGGUUGUUUCGUCGAGUUUUUUUUCCUUUCCCUUGCAAUCGCAUCCUUGUAACUAAAUAGAUUGUUUCAGUUUUUCAUUACGUUAAAUUUGUUUUUCGUUUGUUAAGAUUAAAUAUCAUAUAUUCAUCACAUUAUUACACGUAAAAUAAACAAAGUUUUCU